GCCAUAUCAACCACUAGGUGAUGAGAAAGUAAAUUCUUUGCGAACCAAAAUGGGCAGCUUGCAAAUUCUGAUCAUUGAUGAAGUGUCCAUGGUCGACCACCGUCUUUUGGCCUACAUUCAUGGUAGACUGCGUCAAAUCAAGCAGACUGGUGAUUAUUCCUUGUUUGCAAAAGUUUCCCUGAUUUGUGUGGGUGAUUUUUUCCAACUCAAGCCUGUGAAAGGAACACCUCUUUUUGCUGAAAACAAAGGAGCCAACCUGUGGGACAAUAACUUUGAGGUUGCAGAACUGACUAAAGUUGUUAGACAAGAAAAUGCAGCAUUUGCGGAAAUGCUUAAUCGUCUCAGAGUCCGUAAAAAGAACGAACCUCUCACCAACUGUGAUGUUCUCACACUGAGGCAGCGUGAAACUGAGACGUGGCUCAAUGUAGACACUGAAGAAGAGCCACAACUUCCAGGAUACGUCUUCAAACACAAUCCGAGAGGAAACUGUUACGAUGACUCUGAGCCAGCCUUUGCAGCGCUGAAACAACAACAAAGAGUUAUUACAGGUCAUCUUUGAACUUGAGAAUCAUCCAGGGAGGAAACUCAUCAUGGGAGACUUCAAUGAGGAUAUCUUUGUAUCAUCUACAAUUCUCAAGUUACUGGAACGGCAUGGAUACACUCAACAUGUGCAAGCAGCUACAACUGAAAAAGGUACAUUAAUAGAUCAUGUUUACGUUAAAGGCACAGAAGAUGUUGUUGUUGAAGUUGUGCAGACAUACUACAG